AGACCUCUUAUCUGAAUUGAUCAGACAUUUGCCUCUGAAUAGUUAAGCAAUAUACUAGCUCUUAAUGGUUCAGACCUCUUACUGGUUCAGCACUUAAUGGUUCAGACCUCUUACUGGUUCAGCACUUACCCAUUCAGAAAUUGUCAAACAGCCCCUAACCCUAGUUAGUUCUUUUCCUAUAUCAUUUUUCAUGUUUCAUCAUGAAAAUAUGUAUUUAUGUAUGUUUAUGUAGGGCUUCAAAGAUGCGGAAAGAGUUGUCGCCUGCGUUGGACCAAUUAUUUGAGACCGGAUAUAAAGAGAGGAAAAUUCUCUUUUGAAGAAGAAGAGACUAUUAUCCAACUCCAUAGUACCCUUGGAAACAAGUGGUCGGCCAUAGCGGCAAAGUUACCGGGGAGGACAGACAACGAGAUCAAGAACUACUAGAACACUCACAUCAAAAAGAGACUUCUCAAGAGCGGAAUCGAUCCCGUGACCCAUACCCCAUGCUGCCUCGAUCUUUUCGGCCUCUCCAAUCUGCUCCACCAGCAGUUGGGUUUACAAGCCGCAGCUGCCCUAAUGAACCCACCGGAGGCGGUCAUGAUGACGAGGAGUCUUUUGAGCAGCACUCUCAUGACCGCCGCCGCUGCCACCGCACAGAACAACGAAUAUGCUCCUAAUAUUCACCAUGGGCAUCAUGGCCUUUUAAUGCUAUUGCAAAAGAUUCUUCUUCAAGAGAGCCUCUCAAACGACCGCCAGUUGUUGUUUCAGAAACUGUUGCAGGAAAACCAUGCCCUAAUAAUGAACGGCACCCAUCACCAGGCCUCGACGUGUCCGGCGCCUGAUAAGAUGCAGCCGCCGCAGAUGAGCGCCGCGGCCGCCACGGGAAGUUCGGUUCAUACGGACGACUACGGCUAUAACUUUGGAGCGGCUGGGCCGCACGAGCCAUAUUUAUUGAGAGGUAAUCCGUGGAGUCCGGCGGCGUUUGGUUCGUCCGGUACGCCUUUGUCGAGUCCGGCGGCGGACUCCGCCGCGCUUGUGAACAACGGCGGGGGCAGCACGGAGGAGGAGGAGGAGGAGAAAGAAAGCGAUUGUUGCGGCGAUUUGAGGAAACUGUUUGAAAUUCCGUCGGGUUUGGAUUUGGAGGAUUUGCUGUGAAUGGUGUUCAUUUCAUUUGUAGGGAGUAUAGUAGUAGUACGGAGUCUCUUCUGUAAUUUGUUUGUACAGAAUAGUGUUUUUGUUUCAUACGUAAGCUCGGCGACCAUUGUUCUCAGUAGAAUAGUUGUUUGUAUGUCGGGAGACACUGUUACAUUCGUGUACUGUUCAAAUUCAUUGAAUAAGUUAUUCGGUAUUCU